CACGACGCUGCAUUUCAUAUCGGGCAUCCCUCCCCGGUCGCGUUGCACGUGCGACGAUGGAACCCGGAGACCUGCGCAGCAUCUUCUCCAAAGGCGUUGACGAGCAUCGACAGCAAGAAGCAAAUCGACUGCAUCACUCGCAUCGUUCGACUGGCCCGCUCCAGAUCUCGUUGAAUGAUCACCAGCGCACGUUGAGCGCAAGCCGCAGUCGCAGCCACCGUGACAUGUCCUCGUCUCGUCCGGCGCAAACACCGUCCUCUGCUACGGUAUAUGUCAUGGAGGACAGUGACAACGACUUUGACGAUGACCAUGGAACGUACGAUUUGACAAACUCCGGGCGAACAAGGUCGCAGCGGCACACUGCCAAUGCAGGUGCACGGCGAACGCAAUCAAACGCGAUCCAUCGGCAAAUGAGCAUGCCACAGGGUCCUUCUGGCGGAAACGGACCGCCGUCCUCGAUGAUGGGCGGGGGUGGCAACCUUAUCUACAGCGGGUGGCUCGUUAAACAGGGCAAGAUCUGGAAGAGCUGGAAGAAGCGGUACUUUGUGCUGCUGACGCGAUCGAACACGACGACGGGCGAGCCGUACUCAACUCUUCAGUACUACAAAAGCCAUCGAUUCGCGCAGCUAAAGGGGGAGAUCGCGCUAGACGACCCGAACACGACGGUGCGGUACAUGGACAUCCGCAAGUCAAAGCGAGAGCACUGCUUUGAGCUCAUCCGGGGCUUCAAUUCGCUCGUGUGCCAGGCCAAGGACGAUGAUGACUGCAAGCAGUGGGUCGAGCACCUAAGUCGCGUGCUCGAAGGCAGCACGAAUCGAGGGCUGUUGGAUAUGACCAAAUCGUCGUCCGGUAUUCCGUCGGUGGGAGCGGCAGCCGUCAUGACGCGAUCCAUAUCUGCCGCGAACGUCCUGUCGACGGCACCGCAGCAACAACAGCUCCAAUACCAUCCGUGGAAUCGGCAUUCGGCUCUUCACGCCGACCCCAUAACGCGCCUUGCCAACGAACUCCGCAAGAUCUUGAGCAGCGACUACGCCAAGACGUCCCCCGAGGCCAACAAGUGCCUUCAUUUUGUUAAGCACUUUGACAGCCGCUCGACGCACGCUUUCUCGACGUUGCAGGAGUUUAUCAGCACCAUGUGCGCCCAAGUGCAAGCCAAGUACGGGGUUGCUUUGCGCGCGUGCGUCGACGACGGCGAUGACGACCUCGACGACCUCGACGAUGACGUCGAGGACCGAGAUAUGAUGCUGGCCCAACUCGUGGACAACUGCAUCCACCGCCAAGUUGAGCAAGCGCUGUUCCUGCCGCUUCAUGAUGGUCUCUACAGCGCCAUCCGCCGCCAAGUGAACGGGGAGCUUGAGGCCAGUCUGAACAAGAAACUUCGAUGGCUGCAAGGCAAAGACCAAGCGUUCUUUGACAUUUCUCCGCAUCAACUGUCUCCUUCCGAGUGGCGCGACGCGUGCAAACUCCUUGGCCACCUCGGGUCGUACUCGCUCCCCAUCGACAAGUACAACGCGCUCGUGGAAGCCGUGGACGAGAUUCAAGCCACGUACAGCGAUGAACACCCCAUGUCCGAGUUUGUGUACCAAGUGACGAGCGAUGGCCUCGGGUUCAACUCGCUCGUCCCAACGUCGACGUCGCAGUCGACGCUCGACACUGACGACUUGAUUCCAAUCUUUACCUUUAUGCUGGUGAAUUCCGGGCUAGAGAACUUGCUCACACUCAAGCACUUGCUCACGGCGAUGCAACCCAAGCACGAGAAGAAGCAGCACCCGAGUGGAACCAGCAUCAACGUGCUCGGCAUCCUCGGCGCCGCGAUGGAGUUUGUCCAGAAUGUGACGAUCCCGGCCGUUCUCGAAGACAUCUUCAAGGAACAAAUCGCGUUCUCGAUCGAUGGUGACUGGCGCCUUGGCCUCGGCUUUGAGGCCGAGUCUACGUACCGAUGUGGCGCCAUGGUCAAGAACAUCACGGCGCAUGGCCAAGCCGCGCUCGGGGGCAUCGUGUCCAAGGGCCACGUCCUCGUCACCCUCAACGGCACGAACGUCGUCCUCUGGCCGUACAACGACGUGGUCUCUCUGCUCAACAUGUCAACCCCUCCCCAUCGCAUGGCGUUCAUUUCCAAUCCAAACUAUGUCAAGAUUCUUGGAAGCAACAAGUCGCUGUGGAACGUCGCCCUCCUGCAGGCGUGUCAGCGAGGGGCGGUUGGGUCGGUUCAAAUGUUGCUCGCCAACGGAGCCGAAGUCAACUACAUUUCCGACAAUGACCUGACCCCGCUGUCCGUGGCCGUGAGCUACUUUCACGUAAAUGUGGUUUCAUACUUGCUCCAACACGGCGCCAAGACCAAACAGCUCACGGCUCUCGGGCGCGGCCCCCUCCACUUGCUCGGUGCACCGCUUUCCAUCGACACCCAACAGCCCACCAGCAAGCAAACUCAAGCGCCGCCUGUCGCGUGGCCAGACAAAGUCCGGCAGAUCAUCCACAAACUAGUUCGCCAUGGUGCUGUCAUCGACGGAGUCGAUCACUUUGGGUAUACGCCAUUGAUGCUCCUCGCGUCGACGGGGUGCCUUGAAGGCGUUGACACCCUCAUGGAGUUGUCCAAAACGAUCAACAUCGACCUAAGGGGGUGGCACACAGGGUGCAGCGCCUUGGCCUGUGCAGCCAAGGAAGGACAGUCCGAGGUCGCGACCGCCCUGUUGGACUACGGCGCUGAUCCGAGUGUCAAGGCGCUGCGAGGCGAGACACCGCUCCAUUACGCCGCCAGCGCCGCGGACCUUCAAACAUGUGCCGUGUUAUUGUCCGAAGGCAAAGCCGACGUAAACGCGCGCACGUUGGACGGGUGGACGCCAUUGAUGCUCGCGGUAUCGCGCGGCGCGCUGAUCCAAGGUCAGGUAGUUCAGAAAGACACGGCCGCCGUCCUCGACACCGUCCGGCUCUUGAUCAACGAACAAGCGAACCCGCGCGACAUUUGCAACGUGUACCGUCAAGCCAUCCACUACGCGGCCUUGUACGGAGGACCCGAAGUGUACGGGUACUUGGUCACACAUCCCGACGUGGACGUGCACGCGCCAGACCUCAGCGGAAAGUCCGCGCGCCAAUUGUUUGAAGCCCAGCACUCGACAGCGCCACCUUUGUCGGCGGCAGCCAACCCCAUGUUGAAGCAGGAGAGCAACACCAACCUCAACGUGUCGCCAUCCAACGCCGGGAUGGUCAUGUUGGAUUCGGCCCUCGCCAUGUCGUCGUCGUCAUCGUCGUCUUCCAUGAUUCUGUCCGAGUCCCCCGACUUUCACGCAGCCGUCCAUCGCCAUCCGACCCACGACGAUGUGAUCGGAGCUCCAGAGGCGACCCCACCCAACGACACGUCCAUGUCAACAGGCGACUGCAAAGACAUCGAAGCAGUCGCGGCGCCUGACUUGCUGCCGACAUUUCUCCACUACCGCAAUACUUCUGUCGAAGACAUUGAAGCAUUCUUUUGGUCGGGCCACCUCCACGUCGACAAGGCCGACAUCCUCGCGUUCUUUCGGUAUUUUGUGUCGGACGCCCCGUCGACGCAUGUUCAGUAUGCACGCCGCGUUGUCCUGUGGUGCCUUGACGUUUGGAUCCAGCUCCUGCAAGAGUCGUCGUCGCCCCCCAUGGACGUGUGCUUUGAGAUUUCAAACCUCGUGAUCCAGAUGCUGCCUUCGAUUGUCGAUUCGGAUGCAGUUGUGCUGCAAUGGCUCACCACGCGUAACAUCGCGCCGUUCGUGAAAGCGUGCCAGAUGCGCCAGCCGUUUUCGCCCCACGGUCACUGCGACGCCGAGUAUGCUGCACUGGCGGCAUACUUUGACCACGCCCGGCCGCUCGCUUUCUUGUCCGAUUCCUCGUCCACACCUUCUUCCAGCGCGCCGCCCAACCCCAGCGUCCGCGAUCGGCUCGCAUUCGCCAGCACAUCGACCGCAGACACGCGGAACGGACUACCACAACCACCUCCGGUGGUCGUUGCACAAGCCAAGCGUCGGUUUUCCAUCUUGGACCGCGUGGCUCGACUCUGGCAACUCGACAUCGACCCCGGCCUCAUGGCGUCGCAAAUCACGCUGCUCCAACAUUGGUUUUUCCAAAAGAUCCCUGUAUCGCAAUUGAUGGCGUCCAAAAAGUCGGCCGUGUUGACGCCUGCGUACGACAAGUCGCGGAUGCUGCACAACCACUUGUCUCUGUGGGUGAUCAACCAAAUUCUUGCUCGGGAAGACGUGGUCGACCGCGGCCAAAUAUUGAGCUACUACGUCAAGGUCGCUGGCAAAUGCUUGACGCCCCUGCGCAACUUUGAUGGGUUCGUCGCGAUCAUGUAUGCGCUGAACGACUCGUCGAUCUUCCGGUUGAAGAAGACAUGGGGUCGGCUCCCGCCGCCGGUGCGAACGCUGUGGCAAGAGCUCAAGCAAUGGACCGAGAAGGGAGCACGACCGCUGCACAAGCUCAUGAAGGAAGGCGCGUUGCCGUCGAUCCCAUACCUCGGUUUGAUUGCACAGCAGUUUAUCGUGGCGCAAGAGUACCCGGACUUUGUCCAGAACGACCUGGUCAACCUCAAGAAGAUGCGGCUGCGCGGGAACGUCGUCCGUCUCGUGCUGCCGUGCCAAAAGACGCCGUACAUCUUCACGCCAGACAAGCGCCUCCUGGAUCACAUGUGCGCGCCCUUGCAGCUGUCCACCAAGGACUUAUGCUUCAAUCGGUCCCUUGAAGUAGAGCCGCGGCUCGCUGAUGUCGAGUGAACGCCAGUCGUCGUGUCGUAGUUUGUCGAGAGCGCAAUCUUAAUGUACACAUGCAAUUUCUUGGAUC